GAAGAAUUCAGUCAGUUGUGUAGAAAGGUCAACAUCAAUUACUUAUGCCCUAAUACCAAUGUAUUGUUCAAGGCAGGAUCACCUCUAGUCUAUGACUUCAGCCAGAGCAUAGUUGAUGUUAACUCUUUUGAUUUGAUGCAGAAUGGGAAUAUGGCUGUCCUAUGUUGCAGAUUACGCCAUAUUGAAUUGUGGAAUAUUAAGAACUAUUAUCUUGUCAAAAGAAUAGAAGGUGUUGUCAGUAAAGAUCGUAAGAAUGUUUAUAAGUAUGUCCAUUCUGUUGUUGACGACACUUUGAUUCUUGUUCAAGUUAUAUCAUGUGAUUUCAUAGCUAUGAAUCACAUUGGAGAACAGAUUUACUCUAUUCCUGUUGAAGAAACUUUAUCAUAUUGUAUAUGUGGUCAGAAGAAAGAUAUUCUGGUGAUUUUUACAACGAAGAUGGAAGUUUUCUUGUAUAAUCUUCAAACUGGGGAGAAAAUAACAGAUAUUGAAAUUUCCUGUUCUCCUGCAGAAAAAAAUGCUGGUUUUACAAGAACAUGCUUAUGUUAUGGAUCAGAAAAUUAUGCUAUAACACCAUCUUAUAGAGGCCAAGUUAUUUGGGUAGUGGACAUAGUAAAGAAAACAGCCUACAAGACAGGAAUAUUACAACCGUUUAUACCUCCUAGAAAUGAAAAGAAAAUUGAUAACAGCCAUCAAAAUACUGACAACAGCAACGUUAAUACUGACAAGGAGAUUGAUAACAGCAGCGUUAAUACUGACAAGGAAAUUGAUAACAGCAACGUUAAUUCUGACAAGGAAAUUGAUAACAGCAACGUUAAUACUGACAAGGAAAUUGAUAACAGCAAAAUUGAUACCGACAAGGAAAUUGAUAACAGCAACGUUAAUACUGACAAGGAAAUUGAUAACAGCAACGUUAAUACUGACAAGGAAAUUGAUAACAGCAACGUUGAUACUGACAAGGAAAUUGAUAACAGCAACGUUGAUACUGACAAGGAAAUUGAUAACAGCAACGUUGAUACCGACAAGGAAAUUGAUAACAGCAACAUUAAUACCGACAAGGAAAUUGAUAACAGCAAAGUUGAUACCGACAAGGAAAUUGAUAACAGCAAUGAUAUUAUCGAUAAAGAUGAUAAUAAGAUUAAUGAUGAUUGUAAUGAUGAUGAUGAUGAUGAUGAUGAUGAUGAUGAUGAUGAGGGGGAAGACGAUGAGGAUGAGGAAGUAUUAUAUUACAUAGAAAAUGUAGCUAUUACCAAGGAUGAAAAAUACAUUGUUGCAUCAAAUAAAAAAAAUUGUAAUCUAUACUUGAUUGAUAUAAAGACUUUUGAGACAUCUAAAUCAUUAUCAGGUGACCUAGAUAUUGUUGCAAAAGCUUACCAUAUGUCUCCUGAUGGGAAGAAAAUGUAUUAUUCUGGUGGAAAGAGUGUUUUUGUGGUAGAUCUGGAUACAGGGUUUAGACAAACACUUUUUAGAAAUGCAGAGUAUAUUUUGGAUAUCCUGUCUGUUGACAUGGAAACCUUUUUCACAGUUUCAAGGCUCAAGGAAUUCGAUGGUAGAAACUUUAAAAAAUGGAGUAUGUCAAAGAGAUCAAACCCAGGGGAGAUAACACAAUAUUUAGGAAAAACCGUAAGCCUUUUCCAAGUCAUGCCGAAUAGCCGUUAUGCUUUGGUCAUUGUUAAAGCAAAGAAGAUGAAGAAAAUAAUGGUAUAUGAUUCCAUGGACAAGAAAAUUGUUUCUGAAGCCAACAUCAAUGCUUUGCCUCAAAGUUUGGUGUUCAUAGAUGACAUGAGAGCAGUAAUGAACUUCAGUGGAUACUGUGUUGUGUAUGGUUUACAUCUUAUAGACUUGAAAGAGAUGAAGGAAACACCGAUUCAGGGUGAAAUGUAUAAUUCUGUUCCCGUUGUUAUGGUUAACUAUGGCAAAGAAUAUGUAACAGCAACAAGAAACGGCAAACAUUUGAAGUUUUAUAAUAUGAAGUCCCACAAAGCAACUGACAUCUUAAAAUUUCCAGACACAUUGAGGAGCUAUAUUGGUGGUUAUAUUGCUACUAAUGCCAAUGGUACUAUGAUGUCAAUUCUGAUGAAGGCAUCAAGUAGUUAUUUCGAUCGUAUGAAAGUGGUAGUGAUAGACGUUGAGACCAGAAAAAUUAUAAAAAUAUUAAUUUCUAGCCGUUUAGAUAUCGGUGACUUUUUCGGAGAGACUAUGCUUCUACCGAACAAUGGCAGUUUUAUUGCAGUUGCUGGUAAUGAUGAAAAUGAUGAGUGGACAAUGUAUUUGUGGGAUCUAAGUCGAGAUAAACUAAGAAAGAUUUUGGUUGAUCCUGAAUAUAAUUUAGACAGAGGAUAUUCAACAUCAGUUAACUAUGAAAACCAACAAGCUGUCUUGUUAGAUGAUGAUAGAAUAUUAACCAACCACCAAGAUGACCUAUUGAGACUAUGGGCAACAGAUAAUGGAUCCUUACUUGCCAGGAUUCCAGGACACAGAUCAUCAUUUCCAGUGAUGUACCAUGUACCACAAUCUCCAUACAUACUGACCUAUUGUGAGAGUGAAAAUCUGAUGAUGAGGCUGUGGGACAAAAAAACAUUUGAAGAAAUAGCAGCAUUUAGACUUGAUGAGCCUGUGGAUAACAUUGAAUGGGGUAAAGAUGGUAUGACCUUCUUGACCUCCAGCAGUGAACCAGUUGUUCUUACAAAGUGGACAAUUGAAGGUCCAAGGAUUCCAGAUAAAUCAUUAAAUUACCCUCCUGCUUUUGAUGACAAAGGAGUGGUAACAGAGAAGAACCUUGUUAUUAAGAAGGUGAUUACUGAUCCUGAUGACCUUGACCAGGAAGAGAAUGAGGAGGACUCAGAUUCUAACAUUGAUCCUGAAUUAGAUGAUGAAGAUGAAGACGAUGAUGAUGUAGGAGAAGAUGAUGAAGAUGAUGAAGAUGAAGACGAUGAUGAUGAAUAAGAAGAUGGAAAAGAUGAAAAAGCGGAAGCUGGUGUUCCAUUGUGGCAGACAUAAUGUUUUAAUUACAAAAUAAAAUAUUAUUGAUGAUAUGUACAUAGCCCAAAAUAAAACCAAUUGCUUAGGCUAGUCAUUGUGUCUGGUGCUCUGCUUUUGCACAAAUUGGCAUUUCAUUUGUGCUAAAAAAAAACUUUCAUUUGCACCACAAACCAUAUUUCAAUUUUGCCAAGUUAUUGGCAGUGUUCUUAAAAUGCAGAAGGAUUUUACAGCCGUUCAGAAGAAAACCAAAAGUUACCAUAUUUGUGUUCCACAGUCACCCCUUUGAUUUGUUCAUUAUGAGGUUAAGUGUUACACAUGUUUGCCAAAUCUGAAUUUUUACUCUGGUUUUGCCGUUCACUGAACAUUGAAUGGUGGUAGAGUGAGCAGAACAUGAUAUAUUUUGUAAACUGAUGAACUGAAACCUAAUUUCAGGUUUUCAAACACUUUCAUGAAUACAACACCAUGCUUCGGUUAGAAAAGUUGACAUUAAAAUCUGUCAAUAGAAAGUAGUUAUUUAACAUGUUAAAAUUAGUUUAUUAUUGUUUUUUUUAAAGUAUUUUUUAAUGUUUUUGCUUGUUAUGUAUUAAGUAUUCUUUUAAGAUUUUGUAAUUGUUUUAGCUUUUAAGUAUUUGUUUGAUGAACGUGGUAAAUCAUAUCAAACUGUCAAAGUGCAGAGUAUCUUAGAAAAUCUUACUCGCCCUUCCCCACUCCUCAACUCAAUAGUUAUCAAAGGUACCAGGCUUAUAAUUUGAUACGCCAGACGCGCGUUUCGUCUACAUAAGACUCAAAGUCAUCAUGUGUAGUUUACCAUAUAUAUACUAAAUUCCUCCUUUGAUUUCAUCAUUUUUGCCUACUUUACCAUCUAUAUGAAGUAUUGUGAAUGCAUUAUCUUAAGGCAUAUGUCAUCAAAGCUUUCAUUCUUGAUAAGAUUGUUUUUCAUCGUCAUAUAAUAACUGCAUUUUGAUUUAAUAAUUUUAGAAAAUUUUGAAAUAUGUCAAACUUUUGCACAAUAUUUACUAUUUUAUUUGUAGGAAAGAACAUGCAAAACUGUUUUAGGAGACACUUGAUCUCUUUGUUAAUUCAGUCUAUUUUGGUUAGAAAAAUAACCUGUGUCUGUAACUUUAUCUUGUGUUACAGUAAAAUUGUUUUAUUAACUCUUAAAUAAUCGUAUUUAAGUAUUGAAAUCAGUUAAUGUUUCAUUUUUGGUAAAGUAGCAGGGCAAAAUAAUCCCUAAAACGUACCUCGUCCUUUUGACAUUCAUCGUUUGACAGGUAUGGGUUGCCAAAAGAAAAAAUAAUUUUAAAACAUGUGUCUUGAUUGUUUUUAUUUCACUUGUUCUCAGAUUGAAUCAGUACAAUGCAAAGGUUAUAUUUGAACAAUAUUUUCUACUUCAAAUUUUAAAGUAUAUUGUGUAUAUAAACCAAAAAGGACCAAUAUUUCUUAGUUUCUGAAAAUAUAUUUAUAUUGUGCUAUCUUCUUUAAGAGCUACCUACUCAUACUUUAUUUCAAAGUUCUGUCAUUUAGUUUUUAUCUUUUCACAUAAUUAUCCUAUGCUAGUAUAAUCCUUUGAAAUGAAUGUAUGUUUUACAACCUAAAGCUUUAAAACAAGGUUAAUGACCUACACUUUCUAUACUAAUUCAUAAAAUGCUUUUAGAAAAGAACGUCAAAAGUUUUGCAGUACUCUUUUUCCCUGCUGUACUGUUUUUCUUCUAUACAGUAUAACAAAAGCAGCAAUAAAAUUUAUAUUUAGAAUCUCAUUAUCUGAUUUAAAUUGAAACACAUCAAAGUUUUUUUCAUUAUCAUGCCAUAUAAAAUCACAUAAUCCCUGGAAAAGAUAAUAC